AUGCUUUUAAACAAUUAUGAACCACACUUUCCGCAUUAUGUGCGUGUACGAUCAGGCGAGUUCAAGAGCAAAGUGCACUUGUUAUUCAAACGCACUCUUGUAGUUCAGCUUCGGAUAAUCUUGACGCAACUGGUGUCAUCUUUCUCUACCGUACGCGACCGCAAGACGACGUGUGUGUAG